GGCGCCCGUGGCCCGGGGCGUGGCCUCGCGCAGACCCGCCCUCCUCGCCGGCGCCAGGGCAGGCGGGCGGCUGGCAGCUGUGGCGCCGACAUGGCUGCGCUGGUGGAGCCGCUGGGGCUGGAGCGGGACGUGUCCCGGGCGGUUGAGCUCCUCGAGCGGCUCCAGCGCAGCGGGGAGCUGCCGCCGCAGAAGCUGCAGGCCCUCCAGCGAGUUCUGCAGAGCCGCUUCUGCUCCGCUAUCCGAGAGGUGUAUGAACAGCUUUAUGACACGCUGGACAUCACCGGCAGCGCCGAGAUCCGAGCCCAUGCCACAGCCAAGGCCACAGUGGCUGCCUUCACAGCCAGCGAGGGCCACGCACAUCCCAGGGUAGUGGAGCUACCCAAGACGGAUGAGGGCCUAGGCUUCAACAUCAUGGGUGGCAAAGAGCAAAACUCGCCCAUCUACAUCUCCCGGGUCAUCCCAGGGGGUGUGGCUGACCGCCACGGAGGCCUCAAGCGUGGGGAUCAACUGUUGUCGGUGAACGGUGUGAGCGUUGAGGGUGAGCAGCAUGAGAAAGCGGUGGAGCUGCUGAAGGCGGCCCAGGGCUCGGUGAAGCUGGUUGUCCGUUACACGCCGCGAGUGCUGGAGGAGAUGGAGGCCCGGUUCGAGAAGAUGCGCUCUGCCCGCCGGCGCCAACAGCAUCAGAGCUACUCGUCCUUGGAGUCUCGAGGUUGAAACCACAGAUCUGGACGUUCACGUGCACUCUCUUCCUGUACAGUAUUUAUUGUUCCUGGCACUUUAUUUAAAGAUAUUUGACCCUCA